AUGACUCUGCAAGUGCCAGUGCCGCGGCCCUCGUACUCGCAGGCCCGGGAGAACCUGGUGAGGGCCAUCCCCCCACAGAUCAUCUGCCUGCUGGGCUGCGGAGGGAUAGACUGCCGCUACGAGGGCCCGGCCUGCUGGAGGCCCAGCCAGCAGGCCAUACGAGGCCUCUUCUCCACAUGGGUGACUGAUGAUAUUGUUGCCAUGGCAAGACCUUCCACACGCCUUAUCAAGAGGUACAGCAUCAUUGAACAGUUCCAACAACUGAACAUCAAGUCUCUGAUCAAUAUGCAGCUGCCUGGGGAGCACGCUCACUGCGGACCCCCUCUGGAGCCAGAGAGCGGCUUCACCUACUCCCCCCAGACCUUCAUGGAGAACGAGAUCUUCUUCUACAACUUUGGCAUGACGGAUUUUGGGGUGUCCUCCCUGGCGGGGAUGCUGGAUGGGGUGAAGGUGCUGGCGUUUGCUGUGAAAGAGGGGAAGGUGGCAGUGCACUGUCACGCCGGGCUGGGGAGGACAGGAGUGCUGAUCGCCUGCUACCUGGUCUACACGCUGCGGGUGAGUCCCAGCGAGGCCGUUCACUAUGUGCGGAUCAAGCGGCCUCGCUCCAUUCAGACGCGGGCUCAGAUCAACAUGGUGUUCGACUUCGCCCGCCUCCUGGCCCCCCAGCUGAUCCAGUACCCCUCUGUGAGCCGCAGACACGGCGCCCCCUUCAGUCUGCAGCAGUACCUGCAGCGCCAGGACCUCCUGCUCCACGGGGAGGAGGCCCGGGGCCUGAGAAACGUGCCCAAGAUCGUGUACUUCCUGUGCGGCCGGCUGGUGACGCUGGCUUUGGGCCAGGCCCCGGGCCCUGCCGUGUGGGCAGAACUGCAGAGGAGGGCGGCUGUGCUGGACCUGGCAGCGACUGUUAGAAAGACUCUGGUCGUCAAGAAGUUCCUGCCCAUCCAUCGGGACACGGGACAUUCCCGAAAUGCUUCUGUUGGCUCCAUCGCGACCUGGGAUGACCCCCAAGGCUUCCUGGAACGGAAGAAGGAGGUUCUCCUGAACAAGAGGAGCUACAGUGACUCUGACCUCAGCAAGAUCGAGCUUUUUGAGGUGCGCUGCAAGAUUAAUGCAAAGGCAAGGGGGGAUUCCUCCCCAGCCUUCCAGGGCAUGAGCACUAGGAACUGUGCCGAGGCCAAGUGCAGGACCAAGAGGACACCGGGCUUUCCCACAUUCAGAUCCAACGCUGAGCUACGCAGAAACCAGAGUUCAAGUGGACCAGCUGUAAAAUCCCAGGCCGUUGCCAAGGCCAUGGCCGAGCAGGAUCCCCCCGGGGACGACAUUCUACAGAGGGUUUUCCUUCUGCAGGACGAGCUGAAUGGGAAUGAGUGUGUCUGGGCUAUACUGGCCACAGAGCUGGAUCCCGCAGUGCUCAGCUGUCUGCUGUGGACGUGGCUGGAGAAACUAAAGGAACCUGUUCUUAAAGCUGAGGAUGUAGAGGCGUUGAGCUCAGGUGUGCAGGAGGUUAAAGAUCUUGAGACUCUGCAUAAGUCUCAGGACCACACCAUCUCCUGCAUUCUGAGCUGUGUUAGUCAUGUGACCAGCCUGUGCCCCCAGCUGGAGUCAGCCGUGCUGUAUCGGGUGGUCCGCGCUCUGACCAGGUGUCCACAGGAUGACCUGAAGCAAUACGCUGUGCUGGUAAAGCUCUUCAAGGCCACAGUUAAAGGGUUCCGCUGCCACAGUACCUGUACCAGAGCAAUGGGUAAAACCUUAAAGCUCAAGACUGUCAAGAAGAGCAAGUAAAGAGCAUUACCUACAGUGCAAUGGGUUGGGAAGAAACCUGAAUGAGACAGCGUGCUGAUACAUUCACACAGGCACCAGCCCCUCAUUACUGCCUCUAUUAUCAAGGAAGUCAACGCUUUGAAAUGGUCUGUUUAUAGCCAGGGUUGGCACAAAGGUUUCCGUACUGAAUGCGACACAUUGGUGCAUAUGAUCAACUACAGCAGAGGCCUGCCACAUGCUGAGCUUGUAGCCUUCCCCACUUUCCUGUGACAUUCUAUACCUUUUUCUUCAUUUUUAUAUAGAGUCUUGUAGAACUCAAUGUAUGUCCCUCCAUAUUGUACUUUUUAAAAAUAACAAUUACAAUUACAAAUAGAAAAAGGCAGAAAAAUAAAGCCAAGUGUGACCAACAACCUUUGAAAGAGUUUGAGAGCUGAAUAAACAAAAUUAGCCUCUCGUGGACAAGGGCUCAAAUUUGAGCCAUGUGUCCAUUUCUGGAAAUAUACUGUUUUGUUUUCAUUGCUCCAUGAGACUUUCAGUCCAGCAGCAGCUGUGAGAGCAUCUGAAUUCAUCUGUCCCUCUCCAGAACUGAAAGGCCAAGGCUGAUCCUGAAACCUGAAUCUAAAUGGGUGUGUCUGACAAUGAAUAAAAAGUUUA